AUGAGUUUGCUCAACAGAAUAGCAGGGACGUCUACCGAUCUAAGGGAUAGACUAGGCCCAGCUGUGCAGCAGAACAACAAGAGAGAGAGACCAUCCGAUGCUACACCCUCCAGCAAGAAAUUCAAGCCGUUAGAGUCUGCGGACAAAAGUCUAGAAAAGCCAGCAGAGAAGGUAGUAGAAAAACCACCAGCAGAAAAGGUUCUAGACAAGCCGCCAUCAGAGAAACUUGUAGAGAAAGUACCAGAGACAGCUCCAGAGAGCUCUGCAAAGAAAUCGGACGAAAACUCAACCGAUAAAUCAUCUGAGCAGCCUCCUCAGGAGACGUUCGUAGAAAAGUACGACAGCUUAGCUACGCAAUUAAACAGUCUGAUCAAUAAAAACUUUGAAGUAAAGAGAAUUGAAGAUGAGACCGUUAGGACAUUCGAAGAGAAACAAACACUCAUUUCGUUGUCGAAAGACAACUUCUUCACUAUUCCUAGCACAAAUUACCAGAGUGACUUAUCAAAGUUAGACAUGAGACUCACUUAUUUAGACACAUCACUAAAGAGUACGAUGAAAAUGGCCAACAUAAUUGCUUUAAAUUUAGUUAGCAAUCUCAUUGGCUUUGCAAAAACGACUGAUAGCCCUAUCAGCCAAAUGAACGCUGAGAGCCAAAUCAGUAGUGAAACUUACAAUUCAUUCAGGAAUCAAACUGAAAAUACCAUCAAGACAAUCAUUAACUCCAACAAAAACAAUUCAUUCAAGAUAACAGAAGUUGAGAAACUAGUUGAUAGUUUCAAGGGCCAAAUUAAUGAAGCAAAAUCUGAAAUAUUCGAAACUAAUAAAAAAUCUUACGACGAUUUCGUUGAUUAUACCAGAGACAAACUCAAGACAUUAGACAACAAGAUCAUCAACAUUGGGACAGCCCAUAAUGGCUUAACUAAAGAUUUAAAUUCUCAAUCAAGUCUUGUGACGACGUUAUCUACAUCUACAGAAGAAAAUAAGAUGGAUAUAACUGAAUUACAAGACUUCAAGCAAACGAUGGAAGACAAUUAUUCGACUUUGUUCGGUAUGGUCAAAGAACAAAAGGAACAAAUCACACGUUUGACCAACGAGAAUGAAAAACUCCAACAGAGUAAUCGCGGGAUGCAGAUUGUUGUGAAUCAGCAUAAAAAUCAGAUCGCAGCUAUAACACGUAACAGUCAAAAUGGACAGAAUGGCGUUGCUAGAAGUGCGAGUGUGACACCUAGCCAGGGUACCUCUAAUGCAGCUAACCUGGCUAGUGUACCCCAUAAUAAGGGCAACCCAGCUUCCAGAAGUAAUACGCCUGCUCCCCAACAGUUGAUCCAGAGGGUUUCGCAGUCACCUAGAGAGCAGCAGCCUGCUCAGCAUCCUCACCAAAAAGCUAGACAUAGCAUGCCUCCACACCCAAAUACUGCUAGGCCACCUCCUACGGGACCUCGCCAGUCAGCUCCUUUGGCACAGAGGAUGCAACCACCUAGCAAUAGAAAUAAUAAACCACUUCCACCACAUUUGCAGAAGGGAUUCCACUAG